GCGCGCCGGCUGUAAUGGCAGGCACAGUUGAUUGGAAACAACGAAGCGAGUAAGACGUGUUUGUUGGUUGGUGGUUAACACUUUAACACUUUUUUGUGAACACUGUGCUGUACGCCAAAGCGCCAACACAACAACAUCGCAACGCCAAACACCAAUAGAGUGCAUACGUGCGCGCGUGUAUGUGUGUGUGUGUUUAUUUGCGUGAUUCGCCAACAUGCAAGAACUGAACAGUGCCAAAAAAUAAAGAACAUAACAACAACAAUAGAAACAAAACCAUUAAAAAACGUUUUAAGUACUUCUAGUUAAUUAAAAAAAAAAAAAACAAGUAUAAAAUAUUGCAAAAAAUAAAUUUUUGAUUUUUUCGAAAUUUUUUUCGAAUUGCAUAAAUUGCGAAAAAAUUGUAAACAAAGCAUAUCGUAAGUGUAAGAAAAAGAAAAAAAAAACUUUUGGUGUGCGAAAAAUAGCAACUUUGUAUAUUUUACGCAUAUAAAAAUUGCUAAUAGUGUGAAGAAAUUUUAAAAAGUGAUAUGAAUUGAACUAACAACUUUUUGAAUUCAAAUUUGACGAAAGAAAGAAUUUCACAACUGCGCGUAAUAUUUACGAACAUUUGCCAUAAAGCGCGAAAGUUGCUGGAAAUUGUUGCGAUUGACACAGAAGAAUUAGAAAAAGUGAAAACUAAUUGUUUUGCAAACUAAACAAAAAGAAAAAAAUUAAUUUAUAAUUCACCGAAAAAAAAUUAAAUUUCCUAAAACUUCAAAAUUAAAUAAAAACCAGGAGAAGUGAGCAAAAUCAAAUCACAAACAAGAAAAAGAACAAGCACAUUUUCAGAGUGCGAUUUUGCAUGCUCAAAUUUGUUGUGUGCAUGAACAUUCGUGUGCGACCCCCCAAGAAUAUCACCACCCACUGCUGCGCAGCAACAACGCCUAAUAGCGCGUGCAGCAGGUGUGUGCGCGUACUCGAACAUUAAGAGCAGCAUUAACAACAACAACAACCGCAACAAACGAGUGAGGCGAAAAAAAAACUUCAAACAACAUCAAAAACAAAAAAAAAAAUAAAAAGACAACCACAACAAAAAACUCAGCAAGUAGCAAAAAAACAAACAAAAAAACAACAACAAAUAAAAAGAAAUAGAAAUAAAAAUAAAAAGUAAAUCACAAAAACAAAACCAUGGCUGUUGUCUUUUAUAUGCCCGAGGCGGGCGCCGAUGACUCUGCAUCCUCAUCGAGUGGCAGUCAUGGCAGCGGGGGCAGCGGCAGCGCUGCCUCAUCGACAUCACAAUCGCCCAAUACGACCACAUCGGCCACACAAACGCCCAUGCAGAGUCCGCUGAUGGCGAGUCCGCACAUUGUGAUGGCCCUCUGUGAGGCGGUCUAUCAAUCGUUGAACAAUACCCCUGCCUUCCAGUAUCCACCACCGGCCAGUCCAUGCUGUCACGUGCACAGCCCAUCUCCAUACACAGGCAGUGGUGGCGGUGGCGAAGUAUUCUUUCCACCCAGCCGCAGCACACCGCGCACGCCACGAACCAGCGUCAGCUUUGCUGCCGGUGAAGAGAACACCUUCUUUCGUCAGCACAACAUCAGUGGCGGCUAUAGCAAUACACAACACCUCCAACAGCCACCCCAGUCGGCCCCACCAAUGCCGCCCAGUAGUCACACCAGUGCGCAUAGUCAGACAACCCCACAACAAUAUCAGCAAUAUUCAUAUCCACACUAUCAGUAUACCCCACCGCCGACGCCGCUCACCGCAAAUGCCAGCACCUGCACCGGCAAUGUGUUCGGAUCGACGGAAGCGACAACGCAUCAGCGCACCUGUGUAGCGUCGACGUCGACAUCAACACAAUCUUGUAUGGCGAAGGGACAUGCGCGAUUGCAUCGCAGUUUUUCAGAUGCGCAGAAGCGGUCGCGUCGCACAUCAACCACAAAUGAUGAUGAGCGCGAAUGUCAUAGCGAGCAUGAGACCAGCUGGGAUGAGUUCGAUGAUCGUUAUGAUAAUUUUACAGCAGGCCGUGAACGUUUGCAGGAAUUUAAUGGGCGAAUACCGCCGCGUAAGAAGAAAAAGGAUGUGCCAAAAUCGAAGUCAGAGAAAAAGCAAUUCAAAGCCUUCAUCUGGCCCACUGUCGUUACAGUCAUCGUUGUGGCAAUGGGUUGUGGCUUCCUUGUGGCACGAUGAGUGCCCGAAAUGUGAAGCACCAGCAGCAGCCGCAAUACUUACAAUUAAACAGCAGCAGCAGAAAAGCAAUGCAUAUACAAAAUUAUUUACACUUAAAAAAAUAAAUAAAUUUGCGAAAAAGAAACAAAAAAAAUGUAUAAAGUGGUAACGAAAAAGUACCAAAAGCGUCAAAUGUUUUGAAAGCAAUGAACAAGUUUGAAAAGUUUAAAAGUGAAGAAACGGCACGAGAAAUGUGGAAUGAGAAGUUUUUGAACGAAAGCAGCGCGUGGAAUGGCGCGACUUGUACGCCGCAUGAAAGUGAGCACCCGAAAGAGGAAUAAGAAAGCGAGAGAGCGAGGGAUGUGACGCGUGUGAUGGAGACAAUCUGUGUGGGAAGGUAACAAAUGUGUGAAAUUAAAUUGCUGUGAGCAAGCGGCUAACGGAGAAAAAGCCAAUAAAUGGUUAUAAAAGCUAGUGGAACGCAUUUGAAUUAGAUGAAUUGGAGCUUGGGGAGCAGAAGCGCGAAAAAUGGAAAUGAGAGAUUUGCCAGCACUUAUGUGUGAGAAAGAGAGGAGAGUGAGGAAGGUGUGUAUGUGAAGGAGCGUAGUUAGCGACAACGAACCCGAAUUUUAGCAACGAAGCUUUUCUUAACUAAACAAACGCAUUCAAAGUCGAAAUGAAAUAGAAGUGAAAGCGAGAAACAGAAGACACAAAAAAUAUUUGUACUAAUCGAAAAGAAUAUUUUUUUUAAAUGUAAGCGUUUAUAACAACUACACAUUGUGUGUAUACAUACAAAUCUUAAUAACAGCCUUUACCGUAUUUAGACGUGGAAAUUUUGCAAAGACACAAAUCAAAUCAUAUGAAUAGUAUUCCAGAACUUAUGUAUUUCAACUGCCGCUAAGUAUAAGCAACUUUUGUGCUUAAAGGAAAUAUUUUUCUAUGGUGAUGAAGUUUGUUGUUGUAUUUUUCUUAAUGUGAAACAAAUAAGACUGUGCGUUUUAUAAAAGACAGCAUUUGUACUAAAAGCCUACAUAUCUACAUAACAAAUGAAUUGGCAGCAAAGCAGGCAGAAAUUACAAACAAAACAAAAAAUUUACUAAAAAAUUUAUUGGAGUAGUUGACCAAAAAUUUGGUUCUCGUAGAAUCUAUGCAGUAAAAAACGAUUACCUUCAAAGCAAUUAAAACAAACAAAAUAUUGUAAUAUUAAGAACUGACACAUGGGUACAACUUUCGUAUUAUCGAUAUUCUAAAGUCACUGAGUUGUGAUUUGAAAAAUGCGAAAAUGAUGUUAGUAAUUUUUGAAAUUUUUUUUGUAGCAUUUUUCAAAGAAAACAUUUUUUGCAGUAUUUUUGAUAAAACUUUUCCAACUGAUAUAUUUCUACACAUAUUGUAGACUAGAAUUUUACAGCAACACAUUUUUGAUAAAGAGUUUACAAUUUUGUAAGAAUUUAAAAUAUAAAACAAAAACAGCUGAAUUGAAAACGCAGACUAAGAACUUAAAAUAAAAAUAGCGUAACUCUAAAAUUAAAACUCACAAGUACGUACAUAAAUGUAUUUUCAAUAGUUAUAGCAAAAAUGCGACCAUCCAUCAGCCGACAAUUUUAAAUGAAAGCUAAAAUAACUAAGAGUUUAAACCUACUUGUAAAAACCAAUUUUACAACAACAAAAAUAAAAGCCUGAAUUAUAAACUGACCAUUUUAGAUAAAAAAUAGCAAAACUCUGAGUCAAAACUGGCAAGAAGAAAACAAGUUUGCAUACUUAUAACAAAAACUCGUCUGGGAAUUGAAAAAUUGUAGUUCUACAUAAGAACGGCUUAACUCAAAAUUGCAAUUGUCAAGUAAAAAUAAAUUUUCUGGCAACAAAAAAUUAAUCAUAAAUCAAAAAAAUAAAAUUG